CAGUAUGGGUUAUGUUGGUGAUGGCUCUAUUGUUAAUGGUAUUAAGAGUCAAUGUGGAACACUUCACUGCUACUCUGGGUUGAUCAUCAUGGUUGUGCAAAAAUCAUGACUUAGCUUACAGCUUACAUCACGUGCGCAUGGAUUACCCAACAAUAACCCAAGUUGUCAAGAUGAUGAGAAUUUAAAACACUAUUUGAAGAAACAAUCUGAAAUAAGACACAUUUUAAAUUCCACAUCUCAGUUAUUGGAUCAAAUGGAUCCACUGUCAGUCUGGCACAGCUCCGGGACCCGGCUGCGCACUGGACUGUGUGUUCUCUUCUGUUUUGAUGUCUCGAUCUGUGGAAACGGAACAGACCAGGAAGCAAGAGAUAUAUCCCGAUUUGUCACCUUGGCACAUUAUAGCUGACUGAAGCCUCACACUCUGGUAGCUCCUUCAAUACACUUCCACCAUCCAAACACACACACGCACUUUGAUUCGCACCAGGAGGCAGCGCGCUGUGGAGGAGAGGAUGUGCCUCAGACUGACGUGUCAGAAAAGUGUGAUUGUAGUCUUUGUUUUGAACCAUGAGGUCGAGGACUUCAAGUCUGAAACUAAAUCUGAUUUAAUCCAUUUUCAUAUCCUCCAACUUAGCCUUAUGCAGACUUGUAGACCACAGUGCGUUAUUAUAAGCUUCUGCAUCAUCCUUACUUUUUAAAUUACCUUGAGAGUGUUUUGUGCUCUAGGACUUGUGCGUCCUGACCCUCCUGGAGCUCAGUCUAGGCUAAAUGGCAACAUUAAUGGGUCAUCGGGGAUCAAACAGACAGCCAUUAGCCUGGCUGCCGUUAUAGGUGUGUGCAACUUCAAAGGCACGCGUUUGUAAGGCCCGACACAACAUCCACUGAGAUGUGUAUGAAGGAGGGGUGGAGGGGUGGAGGGGAGGUCGUUAUGUGUCAGUCGAGCAAAGUAUAAAAUCCUCUGGUGUCCUGAGUGUUCACAAGAGUCGAGGACACUCCUAAAGGUGAACACAUCCCUCCUCCUGCGUAAAUUUGAUUCUAGAAGAAUGGCAUACAGCUUGGACUCCACUGGGAUUAACACGUUUUUCUCAGGACAAUACUGGAACGCUUCUUGCAGCCUGGAUAUGAACAACAACGACGAUUACGCACAGGACUACGGGCAAGUGCAUCAAAACGCUCCUCACAGGAUGCGCUCUGAUACAAGCCGCCGCCGGAAGCGCACUACUUUCAGCAAGAAGCAGCUGAGCGAGCUGGAGAGGGCUUUCUCUGUCACACAGUACCCGGACAUUAAGAUGAAGGAGUCUCUCGCCUCCUUAACUGGACUUCCAGAGUCUAAAAUUCAGGUCUGGUUUCAAAACCGACGCGCACGCCACUUCAAGAGCAAGAAACCAAACAGCGAGGUCCCCAAACCCUCCACAGACCACCUCUAUCCCCCCUCCUACACUCCAACUCAGAGUCCUUAUUACCCCGAGCUGGUCCCUCCUUUCUCUCCUGAAGCCAGCCUGCCGUCUCCACCAGGCUACCCUGCUCCAAGUUUACCCGAGUCCACCAGACUCUCAUCCAUCCUGGAACAUGAGGCCAUGUCCCUGCACGCACCCAAGACUGCAUCCUCUGGAACACCCUACUCCCCUUAUUUCCCCACAGGAGUCCCCCAUUACUACCAGAACACAGAGUUCCCUGAGUACUGCCAUGAUGUGUUUACGCACAGUGAACUGAUCUCUUGGAGUCUGACGGAAGACUUUGAGGCCGUCUUCAGGGACGCACAGGAACCUGAACCUGAAGGUAGUCGCUGCGCUACAUUUGGACAGUCUGAUCCCAAAGAGGGCUUCCGGGGUCAGCUGGGCCGGCAGAGCUUCUCCAGCACGACAGACGAGUCCAUGGAGGACCUGUCCGAUCUGUGUCUUCAGGAUCUGGGCGAGUUUAACUUGUCAGAUUUGGACAUUUCGACAGCAAUGAUUGAUUAUCUUCUGAGUUGAUCAGCAGAAUGAUUGUUUAUCAUAGAGUAUUUAUUGAAAAUGUUUCCUUCUCAAAUGUAUUUUAAGAGUAUAAGUUAUUAACGCACUGUAGAGUAUAACAUGGACAUGAAAAAUAAAAGA